GGGAGCCGCUCGGGUUCAAGCGGCCUUCCGCUCUGAGCGCCAUGGGGUCGCGGGAGCCCUGCCGGCGGCUGGAGGCGGUGCUCGGCGCUCUCUACGACUUGGGUGACGAGCCCGGCGUCCGGGGCUCGGCGGGGGACGGCGAUGCUAGCGAGGCGGCGGCGGAGGAGGAAGAGGAGGAGAGCCGAGAAGUGCAGCCGACAGCCCCGAGCGAUGCUGGCGGGGCGGAGAGAGGGAGGCGCGGCGCCCGCGGCUUCUUCGGAGGGCUGCGGGAGGAGAUGUGCCGCACCGCCCCGCCGCCGCCGCCCCACGGCGCGCCGCCCCCCGCCCAGGUGGAGGUGGUGGUGUUCCGCGCGAGGAAGAGGAAGGCGCGGCCCGACCCCGCUCCGGCGGCGCCCGGCGGCGGCACCCAGACCAGAACAGUGGCUGAAAAGAAAAAUGUGAACAAGCAAGAAUUUAACUUCGAAAAAGCUCGUUUGGAAGUGCACAGGUUUGGAAUCACUGGCUAUGAGAAGCAGGAGCAGCGUCUAUGGGAACGGGAACGUGCAAUCAUGCUGGGAGCCAAGCCUCCCAAAAAGGAACACAUCAACUACAAGAAAUACCAGGAGAAAAUGAAGGUGAAGAAGACAACAAAGGAUGAUGAUAAGGGGCAGGUACAUAAAAGUGAUACUCUGAAGAAAAAGAAGAAGAAAGACUUGAAGGAGAGAAAGGCCAAAAGGAAGAGAUCAGUGCCCAGCAUUUGGCCUGCAGGACAAGUUGGAAAAUUCAGAGAUGGGACCUUGAUUCUACAAAGCGGUGACAUAAAGAAAAUUAAAUCAACUAAAGUUAUCAAAUGAACUUAUGAUACCAAAUGAAAUGGAUGAAAAGCAUUAAAACAGAACUCCUGUUGCCACCAGAAGAGACUUACAUAAGCCUUGCCCUGCCACCAUGUCCUAAUUCAUUUACCUUAUUUUUUCUUGCAGGGUUUUCUAUCUCCUAUUCUUGAGAGAAUAUGACAAUUUACCAUUUUAUAAAUAAAAGAAAGACUUUUUGAUAAUUAA